UUUAUUGCGGUGAGUAAAACCUUACUUGCAAAAGAUAAAAUAUAGGUAAUAUAAAGCCAAUUUAAUAAUAAAGAAUAAAUUAUUAGAGAAGAUUAAUAUGAACAUCAAAAUUAAGGCUUAGUUUGACGUAUAAGAUUAUCUCAUUAUAUUGAUAGCAAAUAGUCAUAGUAUGUCAUCUUAAAAGGUAAACUUGGUGAAGCUUUUGAGGAAAGAUUACGGGAAAGUAGGAAAUUAUCUCUUCGAUCAGGUUUCUCACAGACGAUUUUCUAUUCUUAAAAAACGCACGACGCCGACGUCGAACACACAUCUGGCGCACACGUUGUCACAAAUUCCCAACAGACUACAGACAGCACCACAAAAGAUUCAUAUGUUGGGAUUCAAAAUACACCAGUCCGUGGUCAGCCAUUCCGAAAAUGCUUCAGCGCUUUAAAUUUCGUCAAUUUUGAGUAAAAAAAUAAGUAAUUGUUGAAAUAAGUACAAGAAAUAACAGAAAUACCUCAAGAUGGAUCCGGAAGCCUUCUUAGACAUCGCCAACCAGGUGGUGAAGCUCAAAAUGUUUCCGUAUUUUGAUAUAGCCCAUUGUACCUUAUGUGCCUUGUCAGUCAGAGAAGACCUUGGAAGUGGAGCUCAAGCAUUUUCCCGUAAACACCCGCUAUCAUGUUGGUUGUCCUACAUGUUGGUGGUCUUUGCCGGAGGUAUGGUUGCCAACGGACUCCUCGCAGAACCGAUUUUAGCCCCUUUGAAAAACACGCCUCAAGUGCUAGUAGCAACAGCAGUUUGGUAUGUAGUAUUUUACACUCCGCUGGACUUGGGAUACAAACUAGCCAAGUUCCUACCAGUUAAAAUAAUAUUCUCGGCGAUGAAAGAGAUCUAUAGAUGCAAAAAAGUGUACGACGGAGUGACUCAUGCUGCAAAGCUGUAUCCCAACGCCUACCUCGUUAUGGUGAUAAUUGGAACGAUCAAAGGUAAUGGAGCCGGUUUUACAAGACUCAUGGAGAGGUUGAUCAGAGGUGUUUGGACGCCCACAGCGAUGGAAUUCAUGCAACCAAGUUUCUACACCAAGGCCUGCUUAGUAGGCUCCAUAAUCUUCAUUCUAGACAAAAAGACAGAACUGAUUUCGGCUCCACACGCCUUAGUCUACUUUGGAAUCGUGAUAUUCUUCGUCUACUUUAAGUUAUCGUCCAUUAUAUUGGGCAUUCACGAUCCCUUCGUUCCAUUUGAAAAUCUCAUGUGUGCGUUAUUCUUCGGAGGCGUGUUCGAUACAUUGGCCAAGGUCUUCGGUAGAGGACAGCUCAAGGAAGGAGAAAAUAAAGACGUUAAAAAAACUAAUUAAUAGUUCACGAUGUUACCACGAAGAAGUAAAUUUAAUAAUAGUGCGGAUUAUUAAGUUUAUUUUACUGUGAUUUAAUCAUCCUACACAUCAACGAACUAUUUUUAUCAUAUCAUCAAAGUGAUCAUUGUACCAAAAUAUUUAUUUAAAUAAAGUAUUGUUAUCUUUAGUA